UCUUGGGUUUGGAAUACAUUGCAUUAUUAAAGAACAACUCUCCUAUCUGUGUGUCCCUCUCUCCUCUGCUCGCUGCUUGGUCCAGGAGCUUUUCGGAGGGCAAAGUUCACCAUGGAUGCCUCUCGGAUCGACAUCUUUGAGAUUUACCGAAGAUAUUCUGACAUAAAAUCAGGACAUGCAUACAUUGCUGGGGAAGAAGGGUACAGGCAAGACGGCGACCUUCAUAAGGCUAAGGUAUCAAGGGAGGCGCUCACACAGCUCUCAAAGUUGGUGGAGUCUCGAGUUAGUACAGGGGUAUCACUUUUUGAUGAAAUUUCUGUGCUCAUGUCUCAUCUGGGUUUGAGGGUGGACUUUGCAGAAUUCUCUCGGUUCUAUGAUUUUGUUUUCUUCAUGUGUCGUGAAAAUGGUCAAAAGAACAUUACUGUAAGCAGGGCGGUAACUGCAUGGAAAUUAGUUCUUGCUGGACGGUUUUCACUGCUUCAUCCGUGGUGUGAUUUUGUUGAGAAGAACCAACGAUACAAUAUCUCUGAGGAUACCUGGCAACAGGUUUUAGCUUUCAGCUGGUGUACCCGUGAAAAUCUAGAUGCCUAUGAUCCUGAAGGUGCUUGGCCUGUUCUAAUAGAUGAUUUUGUUGAGCAUAUGUACAGGAUGCAAGGAUCGUAUUAUGAUAAUUCCAACUUCCAUUGCAAGUGUGGUGAUCCAGAAUCUCAAUCAUGUGUUUUGGAGGAUUCCCUUCCUGGUCUGAGUAAUUUUUCUGGUGUAAAGAGGAAGUCAUAUGAAGACUUCAACAAAAAUGAUCAUAUGGAUGUCAACAAUAUUGCUUUUUCAAAUUGUAAAAAAAGUAGACCUAAGGAUGCAGCAGAUUUUGAGGACUAUCCACCAGGGAAUACAGCAGAGGUUUUUAUGGAAACUAGUACACAAAAUAGCCCAUUGUGUUCAUCUAUGUCCGCAUGUGCAGUUGAAGGGGUUCUGUCUAAGGGAUUUGCUGGACUACUCUCAACUCGUUCCUAUGUGCAGUUUAGUGGGGAGAGAAGGGCUUCGUUUUGAUGAAGCACCCUCCUUAUAGUUAGAGGUAUAUAGAAUUUUCUUUUGCUAGUUAAUAUCUGUUGAUGUAUUAGUUUUAAAUGGGCUGCAAUACACUAUUCUAGUUUCCAAUAUUAAUCGCAUUGUAAUCUGUAACAUCAUCCUGUUGAGUGUUAACAUUACCUUUGAUAAAAUUAAUAAAAGUGUUGUGUUUUGUUUGUA